UUCCUUUUGAUAGGUAGUAAAGGAGCGAGAGAACGAGACGUAUAGUGGAUUACUCUGAUCAUAUGAUGGAAAUCCCUAGUUUAGCGUUCUUACCCUGCCUCUGGGUAACGUGGAUGUGUGUAGGUGUCAUCACCACCCUAUGCAUGACCCUAAUUGGAGGACAUUUACAGGAACUUGUACCCUAUAUCUGUAGUACCGGAGCAUACUAUCCCGAGUCCGUGGUUUUCACAGUCGUGUUUUGCAUCUCUGCGGUCCUUGGGGUACUGACAAUGUACGUAAUGUACAAGCGCAUGACUGUACUUAGCAGUGAAAACGGGCGCCCUAUUGCGCAGAUUAUCCUUCUCCUGGCUGGAUGGACAACCUGUGCAGGAAUGAUGAUUCUUGGCAUUUUUCAGGUGAAGCCAUAUCCAACUCUGCACCUCAUAGGGACAUUGCUGGCAAUUGUUCCAGGCACCAUGUACAGCAUGUGCCAGGCCUUCUUCCUGUACACAGUGUCCCAGUGCAGCAAACACCUCAGGCGCCUCAGAAGCGUGAUAUGCGCGAUGGCGAUAAUAACUUCUCUGACAUUGACCGCCUCUUACAUAGCAUCUGUAAAACUGUGCCAUCCAGGAAUCGUGUGUGUACUGCCGGCCAACACUAUCUCUGCAAUUGGAGAAUGGAUCUGGGUAACUACCCUCAUGCUGACCAUUCUUACCUACAUCCCGGAGUGUCAGCUGUUAUGUAUGAAAUUUACCUGCAAACUAGAUCAGGACUGGAUAUGUCUGAGGGAAAAGGUUCAUGCUGGGCCAGAAUACCCGUGAGCAAUUACAGAUCUCCCUCAGCAGCAGACUGCGCCAAUAGUGAUUAUACCACCAGUACUGUUAGCGGGCAGUGUACUCCAGUGCUAAAUCCUGCUCUAGUAUUGUGGUGCCCGGCAGGAUGACAUCACAAAGGUGCUACUGCGCGCCUAACCCUGCGCACUCCACUGUGUUAGAGUGCUGCAAUACUGCACGGACGUGCUGCAUGCAGAGACAUGAACAAGUACAUUGAAAAGAUGCUGCCCAUAUCUCAGCAACUAACAUCUGUAGGAGUAUAUGUGGAUGAUGAAGAGGUGGCGAUGGGGAUGCUGCAGAAUCUAACAUGGGCUCAUUUACCACCAUGGCCCUAACUGUGUGGAUUUUGCAUGUACUCCCCGUUCUUGCGUGGGUUUCCUCCCACAAUACAAAAAAAUAUAUGGAAUAAAUAAUGUGUUGAACUAUCA